AGAUCUUGAUCGCCUCGCCUGUGUUGCAUCGCAUCCUUUUGCUCUCCAAGGAGAAAUCGAUCAUGGGACACUCAAAUGUCUGGAACUCUCACCCCAAGAACUAUGGCCCUGGUUCUCGCACCUGCCGUGUGUGCGGGAACCCACAUGGGCUGAUCAGGAAGUAUGGCCUCAUGUGUUGCAGACAGUGCUUCCGUAGCAAUGCCAAGGAAAUUGGCUUCAUUAAGUACCGUUGAAGAAUCAAAUUUAUGUUAAGGGGAAAGACUGUUUCCAUGUAUGAGCCGGAAAGUGUCUUUGAGUAUUAAGAGCUUUAAGAUGGUAUUUUGUUGGUGAUUUAACCUUGAACAUAGAGGUUGUCGUUGUUUGACUAAGAAGACACUGUUUUAUUUGUUUCAAAUUAACGAGGCAGUCAUUUGUGCUUUGAUAUGUAUGCAUCUGUUUACUUGGUUUCCAUUUUUUCUUUUUUUCCCCUUUUAUUAUUACAUUGGUUAAAGUUUCCCCAGUAUUAAUCACAAAGAAAUGUUAAAAAUGCUA